CCGCCUCUCGCCGCCUCAGCAUGGCGGGCGCCGCGGCGGGGCCGCCGGUGAAGGUGCUGGCCGCCCAGCUGCGGGGCGCGGUGCGGGACGCCGGCGGGACGUGGCGGCUGUGCCGGGAGGAGGCGGGCCGGGCGCCCCUGCGGCUGCGGGCCGUGUGGAUGCAGGGCACGGUGCUGGAGGUGGAGCGCGGCGGCGGCUCGGCCCGGCUGCAGGACGGCAGCGGCCCCUUCACCGUGCUGGGGGUGGAGGAGGUGCCCAAAGGGCGGCCCUGCCUCAGCGCAGGGAAGUAUGUAAUGGUGAUGGGUGUGGUGAGGUCCUGCAGUCCUGAGCCUGUUCUUCGAGCAAUAAAGAUGACAGAUCUCUCUGAAAACCCCGUGCAUAAGAGUAUGUGGAGCCUUGAAGUGGAGGAUUUGCACAGAGUCAUCCCCUAGAUACUUUUUCCUCUGCCUAAAGUAACUGGAUACAUACUUUUCGUGUGUGUGCGUGCAGAACGAUGGGCCAUUCUGUGUAUUUGUGGUUUCAAACAACCACCAGUGACUCUUGGAGCAAACCAAAGAGAGAAGUGAGUCUGAGAGUAAAGUGGAGGGAUCUGUACCUAUCUGAUAAUAAUCACAGUGUUCAACUCUUUCCCAGUCUGUACCAACAGAUUUUAGAAACACUGAUGCUUUCUGAGUAACAUGUCAAUGCUAUUAAAGAAUACUGUGUGUUUCUACAUAUGUUAA